GUGUUCAAAAUAAAAACAAAAAUUCGCAUCACUCAUCCCACCGCCUAUAUACCCCAUAUACGAUUGUGACCAGUUUCGCGAAUUAAAGGAACCGGUAGUUCUGCAGGAUGCUGUAAAAUUGUUUUAAUCAACCGCUGCUUUGAACUAUGAAUUGGAUUAAAUUACAACGUCCUGGUUUGAAACUAGCUUCAUAUCGGAACUAUCAUCAGAGGCCAGAGCCAAUACGGCCUUACGUUUUGGGAAUUGAAACCAGUUGCGAUGACAGCGGGGCGGCCAUUGUCAGUUCCAACGGAAUAGUACUAGCCGAAAGCUUACAUUCGCAACAAAAUAGUCAUUUAAGAUUCGGCGGUAUAAUUCCUCCUCUCGCCCAAGAUUUCCAUCGAUAUAAUGUUGAAAAAACUGUGCAAGGAACUAUGACUAAGGCAAAGUUAGGUUUCUCCGAUAUUGAUGCCAUCGCAGUGACCAAUCGACCAGGUCUACCGCUCAGUCUUCUAGUUGGAGUGCGAAAAGCCAAAUAUUUAGCUCGCAAAAUGAAAAAACCUUUAAUACCCAUCCAUCACAUGGAAGCACACGCCUUGAUGGCAAGAAUGGAGAACGAACUCCCGUUCCCUUUUGUAUGCAUUCUGUUGAGCGGAGGUCAUGCCAUUCUGACGUUUGUUAAAGAUGAAUCAAGUUUCUACUUACUUGGAGAAACACUUGAUGAUGCUCCUGGUCAGGCAUUUGAUAAGAUUGCCAGAAGGCUAAAGCUUAGGAAUAUCCCGAAAUAUAGUUUGCAAUCAGGUGGGCAGGCGGUCGAAACUGCCGCUAAAAAUUGUGUUGAUUCUAGCAAGUAUCCAUUUCCUUUACCGCUUGCCCAAUACAGAGACUGCAAUUUCAGUUUUGCAGGACUGAAAAAUACUGCCUUCCGUCACAUUACCAAAGAAGAAACAGUAAAUGAACUACCAGCAGAUUACGUUAUUCCAGAUUAUAAGGAAUUUUGCUACGGAUUUUUGCUUGCUUCAGCCAAACACAUAGUCCAACGAACGGAGAGAGCCAUUCGUUUUUGCGAAAAAAAUUUGUAUGAUAACACCGAUGUGCCAAGAUCACUGGUUGUUUCUGGGGGUGUAGCGAGAAACGAUUUUAUUUAUGAUUACAUUGGACGUAUGGCAUCGUCCCACAAUUAUAAAAUAUAUCGCCCCUCUAAAGAACUUUGUUCUGAUAAUGGCGUUAUGAUAGCUUGGAAUGGAAUAGAAAAGUUUCGUGCUUCAAAAGACGUUAUCUUUGAGUAUGAUUCUAUUGAUAUCUACAGUAAAGCUCCGCUCGGUAUUUGUUUAAAAGAAAUGGUAGCAUCUGCCAAUAUACCAAAUAAAUGGAAACAAAGAUAGUUGCCUUCAGCAACCUCAAUCGAAGCUUUUUUCACUACAUCCCUAAAUUGAAAAAAAAAUCAACUUAACAAUAUGUAGCGGCACAUCGAAUGGAAUUAAAUAACCUUCAAAUAAGGCCGUUGACGGAGGAGAACCUAUUUCACGAGUGAGCUAUAUCACCUCCUUAGGACACUUGACAAAAGAGGAGGUCCGGUUUCCGUUAAAUGCAGGUUGGUCUUAAUAAGUUUCUUCAGCGGAUUUGCUGAGGAACAUAAUCUACCCUCAGAAGCCUUAAAUCUCAUCAGGUUCGUCUUCAUGUGUUUAUAAGUACUCGGAAGGGCGAACAGAUUAGCCGCAGUGGGUUUCCCCUGAAAACUUUUUACCCGUAUUAAAAGGCUUCGCCGCACACUCGUCAUACGAUGACAACAAAAUAGAAUGAGGAACUACAUCGCCGGUGUCAUCAAAGGGCUAUAUAAAUCGAGAUUCGGGAACGUAAGUGGAGAUGGACACUUGCGAAAAGAUGAAAACGAGAUUUGCAGAGAGGCUCUAGAUUGAAAUCCAGAAGGUCAUGAAAGAAGAGGCAGAAACUCGUGGCAGCGAAGCCUAGCCGCUGAAAUCUGAACUGUCGACGAGAAUCUUGACUGGGAUCAGGUGAAAACGCUGGCUCCAGAUCGUAAACAGUGGAGAUCUUUUACCACGGCCCUAUGCACCGGAGGAUCGGCGGUAUUGCGGUUACUGGGAAAAUUUCUAAUC